UGUGCUGUGCCAGCGGCGGCUAACAAGAUGCACACAGCUACUGCUGUGUACACUAUAGAGGUGCCUGCAAGCUAGUAUAUGUUUAUUUAAGAGGGAGAGCAGCUGUUACGGUACGAUACAAACGCUAGCAGACAUGGCCGGAAUUAUUAAAAAGCAAAUUCUGAAACAUUUAUCAAGGUUCACCAAGAAUCUGUCCCCGGACAAGAUCAAUCUGAGUACGCUGAAGGGGGAGGGGCAGCUCUCCAACCUUGAACUUGAUGAAGAGGUUCUGCAGAACAUGCUGGACCUGCCCACUUGGCUGGCUGUCACUCGUGUGUACUGCAACAAAGCUGCCAUCAGGAUACAAUGGACAAAGUUGAAAACAAGCCCUAUCUGCUUGUUCUUGGAUAAGGUAGAGGUAGAGAUGAGGACAUGUGAAGAGCCUCGUCCACCCAAUGGCCCCUCUCCUAUAGCUAUUACAGCAGGCCAGAGCGAGUACGGCUUUGCUGAGAAGGUGGUGGAGGGCAUGUCCGUUAGGAUCAACUCCAUUACCAUCAAGGUGCAGGCCCGUGCCUUCCACGCCUCCUUUGAGCUCUGGCAGCUACAAGGAAACAGCCUCAACCCCAAGUGGCAGCGCAGUGACCUCCGCUACACCCGCAUCACCGACCCAAAGAGAGGAGAGGUUCUGACUUUCAAAGAAAUUAACUGGCAAAGUCUACGAAUCGAGGCAGAUGCCAUUGAGAGUGAUGACCAGGACCUCGGUAGCACCCCGUUACGUCUCAUCACCAACCAAGGACGCAUUCGCAUUGCUCUAAAACGCAGAAUAAAGGACUGUAAUGUGUUGGCAUCCAAGCUGCUUUUCAUUCUGGACGACCUGCUGUGGGUGCUGACGGACUCUCAACUCAAAGCUAUCAUCCAUUACGCCAAAUCUCUCAGCGAGGCCAUGGAGAAGUCUGCCCAGCAGAGGAAGAGCAUGACUGCUGAAUCCCUGCAGACUGCGCCUCCAUCUCCUGGCCUCCACAGCCUAUGGACAGAGCCCCCUUCUGCCCCCACUGGCACUCCCAGCAACUUGAGUCAAUACUUUGAUCUCUUUGAUGUCAAAGAGUCUUCUUACCACACCUUUAUAUCCCGCUUGGACUUACAUGUAUGCAACGACAGUUCCUCAAUGGAUGAAGAUGAUCCUCCCCCACCGGGCUUGCAGGGUGCGAUGCAGCUGACCUUCAGGAAGCUGGGUUUUGACUACUAUCCCAUCCACAGACCUGCUGACGGAUGUCGACACUGGGAGCGACACAGUGGAGCCAUGGAGGCUCAGGCCCAGUGGGCUGGAAAGCUGCUGCAGGAGUACCAUAGGAGAGUAGAGGCCUCAGGGUUUCCAGGGCCACACACUGAGCCAACCAAGGACUCUCCUGCAAAGACAGCUCAAGAUGGACAGUCGAGUCCCAAGUCAAACAGCUCUGACAAAGAGCAGGCAGCCAGCAGGAACUCUAUGACAGCUCCUACAGGGUCAUCACUGAAGCGGCUGCGAUCGAGCUGUGUGGUGGUCAGGAUAGAUGACGUGGACAUUCACCAGGUGUCUACAAGGGGCCGUCAGAACAAGAAGACCCAGUCUUUGUUAUCCUGUAACCGCAAAGCUCUGCGUUUGCCAGACAAUGUACCAGCAGUUCAUCUGCAGUUUACUGAAUACUACUUUCCUGACAACCCAAGUCUCUCAGUUCCCACCUCAAACCUGUACGCCCAGUUAAACAGCCUGCAGCUGUGUGUGGACCCAGCCAGUGUGCUGUGGAUCAGUCUUUUUUCCAGGGGGCUACUGCACACCCUGGACCAGGUCAAAGCUUUCUACCAUUUGCAAGACAGUAGCAAGGCUGAAGAGCAUGUAGACAUCCGCAUGGAUGCAGCUCAGCUUAAGCUGAUAAUUCCCUUGGAUUCUUCCAUAUUGGACCAUCCAGAGCGUCCACAGUCCCUGUCUGUUACUGUACCCCAGAUGGUUUUCAGCAACACUCGCCACUGCCCCCAUGGCUCCAGAGCUGACCUCAACACUAUCUAUGACAUGUUUACUAGCUGCUCUUUCUUCCAGCCCACGCCACCCUGCCCUUACCCCAGAGACCUGAGUGCCUUCCACUCCAUUCCCUCCACUUUCCUCCAUCACUCUCAAGAGACAGAACCCCAGCCUCUAGACAGAAAGCAGCUGAGAUCGCAGGAUGUCUGGUCUCUCAGUCUGUCCCGUGUAACCCUAGGUUUUGAUGGGGCACGACGAUUCCCCAAAGGCAGGACCCAGCCGUUUGUUGAGCCUUUUGCCAUGUCAGUGUGGAUGUGUCAGCCCGCUGCCUUUAAAAGUGGUUCGUUAUCUUCCUCUUCCAGUCCCAACAGAGCCCACCAACCUUCUCCAGAACAGGAAGAGGCUUCGCUUGCCUCUGUCCACUUCCUGGCUCACACCAUCACUCCAGUGAAACUGUGGCUCAACCACUAUCAGUAUGUAGCACUGCUGAGAAUGAAGGAUGCCAUGGCUCGGUUAGGGGCAGAGUUGGGCCGGGAUCUACAAGAUGUUAGACGGGCUCGUGGCCAUCAGACAAAACCCACCACUGUUUGUUUUGCUCUCCUGGUGGACUCAGCAGAACUAGGUCUUCUGUUGCCACCAGUCAGCUCAGAACCAGAGGAAGAGGUCCCCCAAACCCCAGAGACAGACAGCCCCAGCAUAACGGACUCUGACAUCUCCCCGACUCAUCACUCUGCAGAUGUGGUUCUUGAGGACAGUGGGCUGGAAAACGGAAUCUCCUCCAUCGGUACAGCUGUCGCUGCGUUUGGUCAGGAUGAACAAGAUGGCGUGGUGGAGGAGGCAUGUGAGGCUGUGGAGGAGGGGCUGGAGGGCGAUGGUUUGACCACACAGGAGGACACGCCUGUUCUCUCACCUUCCCUCUCACCUGGACAUUCCCCUGCCCUGUCCCGCGAACCAUCCACCUUUAGCCUGGAAGGAGAGCUUUCAAGCGCCAUUAACGUCACCAAGGAUGUGACCAAAGAUGCCAUUAGUGCCUCGCUGGACCUCACCAAAGGGGCGUUUUCAAUCACAAAAGAUGCAUUUAGCAUCCUGAGUCGUGGCUCAGGGAUGAGCAAAUUGUUCAGUCCACAGGCAAAGGAACAGGUCCAGCGCUCAGAAGAGUCCACCCCCUCAUUGGCUGCCAGCCUGCGCCACCAAUCCAUGAAGCAGUCGCCUUCCCAGCAUUCCUUUGAUAGUGCAAUUCUGGAAGGCAGCCUACCUGAUGAAAAUCUAUCUAUGGACAGUGAUAUCAGCGACAAUUUUGUUGUUCUCAUGGACUCGGAAUCAGGUAUGGAGUCCAUGCGUCCCAACAACACUCCAGCAGGCAGCCGGGGGAGUCCAGCCCCAGGGACAGAGGGAGGUUCAUCAGCUGACCUCAGCAGCUCCCUGUCCCAGAGUACUGAGGAUGUGUCUCAGGACAUGUCUUCAGUGUUGUUACUGAUCACAAGUGGAAUGGCCUGUACCAUGGAAUUAAAGGGAGAAGACCAAAUCGUGGCUGUCGAAGUCCAAAAUCUGAGUCCUGUUCAGAUGGGUAAUGCCAGGGUAUCGGACGUGCUGGCUGGUCUCAUACAAGCUCCUGGUGGACCAGUCCAGAAGCAGGAUAGGAAGGGUAAAAGUGGCUCUCCAGCUGUGCGCAUGCGAGCAGAAAUGGGUCCAUCUGCAGCCCAACACUCUGUUCUGGCCGAGUCUUUGGGCUUCCUGGAUGUGAGAGUGCAAGACUGCCAGGCAGAGUUGUUAGCCUCCACAGUGGCCAACAUUGGGCCUUUCCUCGAAGACGAAUUCAGCGUUGAUGGUCAGCCAAUGAAAUUACACAUGAGCAACAUCACCAUCACUAUGAAGGAUGAUGGCCCUAGAAACUACCCUACAGCCCCUCAACCUGUCCCAGCCACAUUCAUUGUAGAUCAGCUUCUCCUCGAGCGCAGUGACGAUGGCAUCAUGAGGCUCAAAGCGUCAGCAGGUGCUCCUGUGGCAGGACCAGACGACACAAACAGAUCCUGCACUGUUCAACAGCAGAGCGAGAAAGGAACUCUGGAGUCGCAGCUUUCCGAUGCUCAGGCUGCCCUCACCCAGGCCCUCAAAGACAGAGAGCGCCUCCUUCUGGAAGUCAGAAAGUAUAACCCCACGUUUACUCUCUGAGCUUCUCUGUCUUCACCUCUGAACCUUCUUUAUUACUGCUCCUGCUGAGGGACUGUAAUUGGAUGUAUUGGGAUGAAUGUCAGGAACCAGCAAGAGUGGUGCAAAGCAUGUCUGGGCAUUGGACAUGUUUGAAAAGAAAAUUAAUCCAAGUUGUGGCUUUAGAUCACUCCCUACAUCCUAUAUCAUGCUACUCAUGAGAUUCCAAAAGAGCCCUUGUAACAAUAACUGAAAAGGGAGCCUAGUAAACUAAUUUAUAGGUACAUUACUGGUACUACUUGUUAAUUGGGCAGUAGAUAGUCACUGCUGCACGACACACAUAUUAUUCUGGUUAUUUCUCAUUUAAAUUAGUGUGGACACUAAACUUGUGGUUUUAGUGUUUGUCACUCAGCAUGCAAGGGUAAAUAUCAUCAAGCUUUAAUUCUCUCCAGUUCAUUAUUUGUGUUAUGGAAAUGUUAAGUCAGGCUCAUGCCGAAACCUCCUCUUCACAUGCUUUGACACUGCCAGACAGCUGCUAGUCUAUCAGUCGUCCCUUCUACAAAACACAAAUUACUGUCAAGCAUGCUUUGUGAACAGUGCUAAUUUACACGUAGCACAUUUAGAUAGUCAUAAAGCAAAAUAGACUUAAUAAGUAAUGUAGAGUUCUUUUGUUCAAGUGUAAAUAGAUAGAUUCAUGUGGUUCUUUUCCUUUAAAAGUAUUAUAAAGGUUUUAUCAGCUGUUGUCGAAAAUGUGGUGUAAAAGGUAGGGAAAACAAUGCACUUUUAAGAAGAAAAAUACAAGUAGCAGAACUACGCUGCUUUCAUGGAGAGACAAAUGCAUCUCAGUUUCUACCUUGGUUGCUUUAUCACCAGGGUGGAAUGGUUACACACUCUUAUCAAGUGCUCACCGUUCUCGGAAAGCGGGUUGAAUCAUUCCCCAGUGUUAUAUUAUUCUUUGAGUUGUGAAAUGUUGAUCAUGCGUCUUUUGUACUGUGAAACAAUGUGCUCUGUGGUUGAAUGUCCACUCAAAAGACGACACGCCUUUCGUCCUCUCCCUCGGCUGUGGAGAGCAGGUUGCACAGUAGCUUCAGUAUUGUUACUGGGUUUGUCUUUUCACUCUAACUCACUGGUUUUAGAGAGGUUUAGGAUUAUACCAGCAACCAGAGAUUCAGUACUUGAUCUUCUUGAAACUUGUUUUGUAGCUUGCCAGGAAACGACUCAGAUCGCUAGUGUUAUUACCUCUGUGCACAUUUGUCGUGUAUAGUAAUCAGACAUAAUGAACUUAAAGGUCACCGUGUAUGUUGUUUUACAUGUGUAUAUUUAUUUAGAGUUGUCAAUGCAUUUUUUUUUUUGUUAGAACAGAUUGACCACAGUGUAUUGAAGCCAUAUCAAAGAAAGUGACAUUUUUAAAAUCUAUGGUACUGAUAAUGUAUACACACACAGUGUUUUAUGUAUGCCGCCUAAAUCACUACAAAACCUGAUAUAUUUCACUGUUUAAUCCUGAUCUGCUGCAGAGAUUAUCUAUCAGGCCAGCUGCCAGUUUAAAUUUCUGUCACUUUACUUUAUACAUGCAUAAAUCUGUGAUAUGCAUCAAUUCAAACAAUGAUGGGUUUGUUAAUCAGAGAUUGUUUAACAAUAUAACAUUAAUUUUAUGAAUGCUUCCAUAAAGAGGACGUCUUUGUCAGCUUCACACAAAUGUUCUGUUGUUACAUGAGUGGGUUAGUGUUUUGAAAAGCUGUUACGUCUGUACCUUUCACUUCCAUUCAUCAGUGUCCCAUCGUGUACUCAGGAGCCCUCUGGUGGCUGUGACUUGCCAGAGCACUCCUCAUUCAAACUAUCAGUAUUUUUCUAACUUGUUUUUCUUUCUUUUUUCCGUCUUUGGUUGCCUUGCAAGCUAUGAAUGACAGAUUUGCAUUCUUAAAGAGGAAUGUAAAAUAUUUAAGCAAUAGAAAGACAGCUUUGGUUUAACCAAAAAACACAACAGAACGUUUUUGAUGUGGAAUUCUUCAGUUCUUGAGAUGACUAAUAUCAAAGUGAAAUGGUUUACCUGUCUAUCAGGUUUUCGUGUUUCCCUCUCAGCUGCAUGCAGACUCAACACAUCCUCAAUCUGUCAGUGUAAAAAGGCAGAGGUACUGCCCUUUAACCUCAGCAUCACUUAUAGUUGUGAUCUUCUUCUCAGCUUUUGGUGUUUAUGUUUUUGCAUGGCCUUAGUAAACAAAGAUAUGUUGGUACAAAAUUGAACGUCCAGUGCUGGAUGCAACAUGUAGCUGUAAAGUUUGCCCAGUUUCUCUCUCCUCAGUCAGGCCUCAGUGUUAAGUAGCAUCCCUAAACUGCUGACAAACUGGUGCUCUGAUACCUGUUACACUAGACUUCCUUUGCACUCCAGAGCAGACUGGGGUUUUCACGACAACCAAACCCUUACCCAGUGUGCCAUGCAAAAAGGAGGAGGUGGACUGAGAGUGAAGCAGGACUCACUUCAAAGUGUGUGUUGUUCUCUCUCUAGAUGCAUGUACUAAGUGAUGUUAUGCCUUGUGGUUUACUUGCACUCGUGUAGUAAAUUCACUGGAAAUUGCACUUGUUUUAAUGUAAAUCACUUGAAAGGAUUCAGAGGAUCUUCCUAAAUGACGCAGAUGUUGAAGCCCCUGUGGACAGUUUUUUUUUUUGUCAGUUGUGUAGAAUUACAUUUUACAUUGAAUUUUCUAUUGUCUUUACCACUUCAUUGAAACUAAUAUAAAAUUGGUUCUGUGAACCAAAGCUAGUAUGUGGAAAAUAUUUUAAAAGUGGAAGAAUAAAUGAUU